UUGGAAUUGACACUCUGGCUACCUCUUAUCUUGGGCAUUCACGACAAUUUCUAAUUGCAGGUGAUGGCCCAGCCAGGGUCCGGCUGCAAAGCGACCACCCGCUGCCUUGAAGGGACCGCGCCACCCGCCAUGGCUCAGUCGGACGCUGAGGCCCUGGCCGGCGCUCUGGACAAGGACGAGGGCCGGGCUUCUCCCUGUACGCCCAGCACGCCUUCUGUCUGCUCACCUCCCUCUGCCGCCUCCUCCGUGCCGUCCGCCGGCAAGAACAUCUGCUCCAGCUGCGGCCUGGAGAUCCUGGACCGCUAUCUGCUCAAGGUCAACAACCUCAUCUGGCACGUGCGCUGCCUCGAGUGCUCCGUGUGUCGCACGUCGCUGAGGCAGCAGAACAGCUGCUACAUCAAGAACAAGGAAAUCUUCUGCAAGAUGGACUACUUCAGCCGAUUCGGAACCAAGUGCGCCCGGUGUGGCCGACAGAUCUACGCCAGCGACUGGGUCCGGCGGGCGCGCGGCAAUGCCUACCACCUGGCCUGUUUCGCCUGCUUCUCGUGCAAGCGCCAGCUAUCCACAGGCGAGGAGUUUGGCUUGGUCGAGGAGAAGGUGCUCUGCCGUAUUCACUACGACACCAUGAUCGAGAACCUCAAGAGGGCCGCGGAGAACGGGAACGGCCUCACGUUGGAGGGGGCAGUGCCCUCGGAACAGGACAGUCAGCCCAAGCCGGCUAAGCGCGCCCGGACAUCGUUCACCGCCGAGCAGUUGCAGGUUAUGCAGGCGCAGUUCGCGCAGGACAACAACCCAGACGCGCAGACGCUGCAGAAGCUUGCGGACAUGACGGGCCUCAGCCGAAGGGUCAUCCAGGUGUGGUUUCAAAACUGCCGAGCGCGUCAUAAAAAGCACACACCGCAGCAUCCCGUGCCACCUUCCGGGGCGCCGCCGUCCCGCCUUCCCUCCGCCCUGUCCGACGACAUCCACUACUCCCCGUUCAGCAGCCCCGAGCGGGCUCGCAUGGUCACCCUGCACGGCUACAUCGAGAGUCAGGUACAGUGCGGGCAGGUGCACUGCCGGCUGCCUUACACCGCGCCCCCGGUCCACCUCAAAGCCGAUAUGGAUGGACCACUCUCCAACCGGGGGGAGAAGGUCAUCCUUUUUCAGUACUGACGCUGCCGGCACUUCCGCAUCUGUCCAUGGGCGACCUGCAGCUGUCCCUCAGCCUCUGAAACCCGGAGUCCGAGCCGCUGCCAGGGAUCACCCGCUCCGCGUCCACCCCUCGUCUGCCAUCCUGCCCGCCACCAGCUGGGCCCCUGGGCCCGGCCUCCCUGUCUCCUGCUGAGAACCAGAACCCACCAGGAGCAUGCGGAGCCCUCCUCCAGGAAAGCUAGAGCUCCCUGAUACUUGGAGCCAGGGUGAAAACAACAGCCUGUGUUUCCCAUUUAGUCAGGAGUCGUCCUCUUCAACUUAAGCUGAUCACAAUAGCAAAAAGCCGAAUUGAAUUGUGCGACGCCAACAGCCUUCCAAUUUACAGGUUUUCUUUCCUCCCGUGUUGGCCUUUACUACUUCCUUGGAACCAUCUCCAAAUUCUGAAUAGUCAACAACCCCCAGGGUUAUCCACUCUGUUGCUUUUGUCUGGAAAACUCUACAGUGUUUAUGGGAUGUCCCCAAAGGAAAGCUAUGUUCUAAUUUUAUCAUUUCCAUCUGUCUGGUUAUGUCAAGUUAAUUCAGGGAGAGAAGAGACACUGACCAACCCUGAGAGGCCCAAUAGGGCAAAGAUGGAGGCCUGCCCAGACCAAGAGGCAGGGGGAUAGGGAGGGGGUGGGGGGAACAAAGACCCCCAUUAGUUUGGAGGCCCAGGAGAAGGAGUUGGCAUGCUGGGCUGGGAGGGGCAUGAGCCAUUUUAAGGAGAGGAAAGAGGAAACUUGGGGUGUGUGUGUUGGGGGCCCCACUUUCCCCCAGUUAUCCAGCGUAUGUGCGGGAGACAUAGCAGAGGUGGUUUUUGAUCUGUGUGGCGACAUUUCUGAAUGUCUGGACAGGUUACACUUAGGGAGCUUCUUGGCUACUUGUUGACUCCCGAUGGGAGGGGGUGCUUGGGCCACAUCUUUUUUGGGGGGGGGGGCAUCUCCUGAAGGGAUUAGGGAAUGGAGCCCAGGGAAAGGGCAGUCAGAGCAUUCAUUCUGGACCCAUCUCUGCAUAGAAGGAGGGUCCCGAUGCUAAGUGAGUGUGCCAAGCCCAGGGUUCUAGCUGGCACUGCUGGGCUUCUCCAUCAACCCUGCCCAGAGCCAGCCCCGCCUACUUCUGAGAAUGCGGACCAGACAGCUGUGCUCACACCCACCCCGCCCUGCUACUCUUCCCCCCAAAAACAAAAGGGCUCAUGAUACACAAGACCAUGAUUUAUGUUUUCAGGGGACACCCAUUUGUCCCAACUUAUCCUGUAAUUUUAGAAUUACUUUGUGUCCUGAUGCAUUUCCCACUAGAGGCUGCUAGUAAGCAUGUUUCAGCCCAAGGCAUCCUUCCUCCUUUGGUUCACCUGGUAUGUUGCUUUGGGAAGGAGACUCUAGGACAGGGAAAGCAAGUUCAUGGUACACAGGUAUCUGCUGUCCCUGGUUUCACCCGUGGCAGACAUCGAUAAUCGACUGCAGCACUAUCUCGCUGAGUCUGGAUAAGGGUUCGGAAUCCAAAUGCUUGAAGCUGGCACUUAAGAUGAAAACUUAUAUGCCAUUCUCGCUCUGGGAUCUGGAGGAGGGCUGGGCCCGGGUGCAGCCCCUGAAGGGAAUCUGCUUCUUUUCGCUUUCAAAGACAGUUCCAGCUGACUCAGGGCAAAGAGAAGGCACCUCUCUGAAUGCGGGUGGUGCAGCUCAGUUCAGAACUCACCUAGUGAAUAACGUGUGCUUAGCCCUGUGCUCGGAGCUGACGUUAACAGGAGCAGCUGGGCCCGAUCCCUGGUGGUUGGGGAACUCUAAUCUUUCCUUUGAUUUCUGCUCCCAGUGAUUGCAGUCCAAGCACCAUCAUGUGGUGAGUGGCCAGCCGAGUCCUGCCCAGGGUCACCUAGUACCCACUCUGCCUUGAGCCUCCCCCCCAGGGUCUGUUCCUUGCGUGGAUCACGUGGUUGUAGCAUGUUGCGGUUCAGACAUGUCUCCACUAGCCUGAUAGAGCAGCCUGAGAACCUACAGGCCAUCAGGACUAUUUAUUUAAAUACAAAGCAAAAGGGGGAAAAUACACACACACAUACACGGAAAAAAAAUUGUAAGCACUUUUUUGUAAAACCAAUGUCUGUUUUGUUACAUACCUUUCAUGUUGUGCUUUGUAAAUGUCUUAUUUGUGUAAUAAAUAAAGUUAAUGCAAGUAGAAGUGCUGGCACUGACCUCCGGA